UGGUUUCGCAUUGCCGCCUUCUGUGCGGGACUAACCAGAGUUAGCUUGAGUGUCCUUGCCGUUGUCUGUGAAAGAUUCUCCACCAGUGUUGCCUACAGCUAUUGCUACUGUCCUGCAGCUGCCCUUCAGAAGUGCCUCUGCCCCCAUCACCAUUAGAGAAAUCCAUUCUCCUCUGCUGAUGUGCCGGUUACUCCUGAAGAGGGCGGCUGCAUCUUAGCCUGGUGUCUUUGCUUUGACCAUUCCGCCUUGGGCGAGCCUGCUAGAAAGCAGCCUGAUGAGGCAGGCUGACCCCCUGGCAGCGUUGCUCUCAGCUUCUCUGACACUCUCAACCCCUCACCAUGUCAAGGUGUGCAUCAAGGAAAGGGGGUGCUCCUUACUGUCUUUUUCUUUUGUUCUACUGCUUAAUUUUAAAGGCAUGUGGACAUAGUUUGCUGUUGGUUCGUGAUCUGUGUGCCAUUCUUAUAGUAUCUCUACAGCUGGGGAAUAUUUUAUUAAAGAUCAAAUCUUAACGUCCGUCACCUUGCUGUUAUGAAAAGGUCCCUUGAGCUGGGAAUAUGGCCUAUGUUGAUACCCCAUCCUGCCUGGACUGGAUCUGCAUCCUUACUAUUGAUUCCAGUUUCCCCAGCAUGAGAAAACUCUGCCGCCAGCUUCCAACAUCCCAAGCUACUGAACCUAAAAACAGCCUGCUGCCUCCUGGUGUGGCUUGCUUCCCCCACAGCAGCUGUUAGUGUCACCACAGCUUCCACUAUGGUGCUUUUCGUGAGCAAGCCGUUUCAAUGCAGGCCCAGGAAUGCUGGGGGUGGGGGUGGAAUGAAUGUUUCUGGCAGAUAGAUGGUCUUUUCCCGUAUGUGUGAGGUAUGCCAGUCACUCAGCGUGGCAAAUGCCACGGUCUCUCUCCGGCUGCCAUCACUGCGAGGGAAGGUAACCACAGGAGCCAUUCAUCUCCAGUUAUGAACCCCUUUGUGCUCCCUUCCCCUGAAAAAACAAUUUAUGUGAGGGGAGUGCUAUGGGAAAGCAAAACCUCAAUAGUACUUGGAAUGUUUUGGAAAUAGUACUACUUCCGACCCAUCAUUUCAGCCCUCUGUACGGUAAGCCUGCAAUCCUUACCAUGCUUAUCCCCACACUGCAGAUGAGGUGCUGAGGCUAAAGGGCCUGGCCUCCACAAGGCCACUUGGCACAUUAGUCUUAACAGAAGUAAGAGUUGCACUCGGAAUGGCUUGACUCACUCUCCUGGGCGCUAUAACAAUUCAUAAUAAACGCAGCAAGCACAGCAUGAAGCAUUGUGAUGGACGAAGCGCUGCUAUAAAGCAUCAUGAAUGUAGCGGUGCCAACUAGAUCAAAAUUGGAGAGGCUUUCAUUUUGGUUAUGGGGCAUUGUAAGGAAGCAUGUUGUAAUGCUUUUGGGUGAUGUUUGCUGGUGAGGGUUCAGCUAUUUCCGAAUGUUGACUUUUGACACAAAGCUGUGGAUCUACUUGCUAACGUUGAUUGCUGGCUCAGAGCACCAUUUCUUUCUUGGAGAGUCCCAGAGGAUUAACUUUAAAGCCAUGAUACAGUAUUAAAUCAGAGGAAAGGAGACAAUUAAAACUGUGUAAAAGCAGACUAAUUGUUUUAGACUGGUUUUUGUCUAAACCUUUUCCAGGAAACUGAAUUAGAUACAGAUGGGUCUCUGUAACUCCACUGUAGGAAAAAAAAAAUCCUUACCAAAUAUUUCCCCAAGCCAUUUAAGUAAUGUAUAUUUGGUAUUUGCCCAUUCUGAAUAUACUUUCAAGAGGCUGGAGGAUUUAGUAGAAUUUCUGGUUAAGGCUGUAGUACUUCUGCCUCUUAUAAGCUCACAAAAAGUAGAGUUGUUCUGUCAUUCUCCUCUCUUCUUAUAAGAGGAGCAGAAAUGCCCUUGCAAGGUUCUGGGUAUGAAAUGGGCACCAGUUUGUGGCCUGAGAAAAGAAUGGUGCCUGAGUACAAGUGUGCUUGCUAAAUUCUUAUUCAUACAAAUUGUGUUUGUUUCUCCCCUCCAAUCGGCCCCUCCAAUCUCACCUGCUUCAAUCCGGUGACAUCCCUCCACGUUCCCUACCCUCGGCAUUUCUUCACAGCUCUGCUCACCGUGGACGACCUGAGCCCCUGGACCUCCACCUGGGCAUGUUCCUGCCCACACUCCUCACCCAGGCAACCCAAGAACAGCAGGAUCGCUUCUUCAUGCCUGCUUGGAACUUGGAGAUCAUUGGCACGUAUGCACAGACAGAGAUGGGCCAUGGAACGCAUCUGCGAGGAUUAGAAACCACAGCCACCUACGAUCCUGCAACCCAGGAAUUCAUCCUUAACAGUCCAACUGUGACUUCUAUUAAGUGGUGGCCAGGUGGAUUGGGUAAGACAUCAAACCAUGCCAUUGUUUUGGCUCAGCUGUAUACGCAGGGAAAAUGCCAUGGCUUGCAUGCUUUCAUUGUACCUAUACGCCAAGUGGGGACCCAUGAGCCACUGCCAGGUAUCACUGUUGGUGACAUUGGGCCAAAAUUUGGUUAUGAUGAAAUGGAUAAUGGCUACCUAAAAAUGGACAACUUCCGCAUUCCUCGGGAAAACAUGCUAAUGAAACACGCCAAGGUUGAACCAGAUGGCACAUACGUGAAACCCCUCAAUGACAAGCUGACCUACGGCACCAUGGUGUUCAUCCGCUCAAUUAUCGUAGGAGACGCUGCUCGCUCUUUAGCCAGAGCCUGCACGAUCGCCAUCCGCUACAGCGCAGUGAGACACCAGUCUGAACUGAAGCCAGGGGAGCCAGAACCUCAGAUCUUGGACUAUCAGACUCAGCAGUACAAACUCUUUCCUCUUCUGGCAACAGCCUAUGCAUUCCACUUCGUAGGAGCAUACAUGAAAGAUACCUAUCACCGCAUCACUGGUAACAUCACUCAGGGAGACCUGAGUGAACUGCCAGAGCUGCAUGCAUUGUCUGCAGGAUUAAAGGCUUUCACCUCCUGGAUUGCCAAUGCUGGCAUUGAGGAAUGUCGGAUGGCGUGUGGUGGGCACGGCUAUUCGCGCUGCAGUGGCCUGCCUGACAUUUAUGUCAAUUUCACCCCCUCCUGCACUUACGAAGGGGAGAACACUGUCAUGAUGCUGCAGACUGCACGAUUCCUUGUGAAAAGCUACACUCAAGUGAGCGCAGGUCAGUUAGUUAGUGGCAUGAUGUCCUACCUGAAUGACCUUCCAGAGCAACGUAUUCAGCCCCAGCAGGUGGCCGCCAGACCCACCACAGUGCAUAUUAACAAUCCUUCCAGCUUGGUAGAGGCAUACAAGCUGAGAGCUUCUAGGCUGGUUGAAUUUGCAGCAAAGAAUUUGCAAGCUGAGCUGAACCGUCGAAAGAGUAAGGAGGAUGCUUGGAACCGGACUUCUGUUGAUCUUGUCCGAGCAUCUGAGGCACACUGUCACUAUGUUGUGGUCAAACUGUUUACAGCAAAGCUUUCAGAAAUUGGUGACUCGGCUGUCCGGGCUGUCCUUAACAACCUGUGUCUACUGUAUGCCCUCUAUGGGAUUAGUAAGAAUACUGGAGACUUCCUGCAGGGGGGCAUUUUGACAGACACACAGAUAAUUCAGGUGAACCAGCGUAUCAAGGAACUGUUGGCAAUAAUCCGUCCCAAUGCAGUAGCUCUAGUGGAUUCCUUUGACUUCCACGAUUCUGUUCUCCGAUCUGUGCUUGGCCGAUAUGAUGGCAAUGUCUAUGAAAACAUGUUUGAGUGGUCAAAGAAAUCACCACUAAAUAAAACACAGGUCCAUGAAUCUUUCCACAAACAUCUGAAGCCAAUGCACGCCAAACUGUGAUGACCGUUCCUGCAGUUUUAAUGUACUCUUCUCCAGUUCCCUGGAAUUGAUCUCAUUUGUCCUACGAACACCUGAAUUGCUUGGCAAAUCCAAAUAUGCAUAGGGUUGUCAGUAACUGUAGCCUUCCUUUCCAAUUUUUAAUCUGUUUUGAAUGAAGUGUAACCAGGGAACACAGAUGAUAAGUGCAAUUGUAAUUAUGUUCAGAAACUAACCUUUUUAGUAACUCAAAAAAGCUUUACAGAUUGGUGCUCAAAGUAUCUGUUUGUGAAGCCUUGUGUCAUCUAUAGCAGGAUUUUUACGUAGAGUAACUGUUGGGAGUAAAAACGCUACUGAAAACGCCUUUUUAAGAACAGAAGGUAUUUUUACACACCUUGUUGUCAUUUGUACCACUGUGGGUGAGAGCUGUCAAAAUCUCCUGCAUGCUCUACUCUAGCGAGGCCUUCAUAGCCUGAUCAGGAACUUGGCUUCGAGAAGCAUAGUCUAAAUACUUCUUGUGUUUGUGUGCAUAACUUUAAUCCUGUACUGUGCCAGGAAUGAACUCUAGACACCACAGUUGCAGACUGUCCUUCUAACCUCAUUUUUGUUUGGGCCAGUUCUUCCCCUGCCGGCAUUCAGGAGCUUCUUAUCCUUUCUCUAAAAGUCUAGCUAGUAAGACGCCACCUAUCAAACUGUCUCUGUGGAGUGUAAGCACAUUUUGUCUGCAGCAGCUUUUAUGACUCUGUGGCUGUUGCCUUUCCUUUAUGUUUCUAGUAACAUGGAAUGGGAAAAUAUCAAGGCACCCUGCUCUUGAAUUCAGGGGAUAAUCAGGAAUACUUCAGUCUCCGUAGUACUUACAUCAUCAUCACUUCCAAUCUGUAAAGCUUUUAAUGCCUAAUUGCAGUAGGGAACAAAAUCAUCUCUGUUCAACAUUUGACUUGAAAGAUGAACAGUAUUUUAGAUUGCUGUCUCUAAUUUUUACAAGUCAUGGUAUUUUCUAUGACUCUUUCUGGAGCACUUAAAUUAUUUUGGAAGGAUGAUAAUUUGUACCCUGCAUUUUAUAGAAUCAUACAUUCAAUGAGAAGAUGGUCUAAACUGGAACGAUGGACAAAAGAACCAGCAGCUACCGCAGUCUGGAUCUCAGGGUGCCACAGAGGGCAGGUGCAGCACAGCAAGGUGCCUUUAGAUGAAAUUGUUCCAGAUUACUGUUAGCAGGAUAACGUUUUAGCUUUGCACAGAACUUCAUUCUGUGAAAUCGGCAUCACUAAAAAUUGCAGGAAAAUUGUUGGAUUCUGCCUUGUUAACUCUCAUCCAGCAAAUCGGGAUUUGCAGAUUGCCAGCUGAAGACCUUUUGAGCUGCCUUCAAUUAUGUGAAAUGAAGUGAAUUGUCUAAACUGAAGUCUGAGAUGAUUCAUAGACCAUUAUGAGAUCCCCAUUCAAGAAGCAAACAUGCUGCAGAGACUUCCUUACACUGCAACCUUCUAGCAAUAGAAGCACUGUAUAUUUAAAUGGAAACAAAAACUGAUUGUAAAUUUAUUUUAACUUUCUAGCUGAUGAAGCAUUACUUCUAAUGUUUACUGUGCUGUUAACAUAUGUGCAUAUUGAUUUUAUGUGUACAAUGCUCAUUUGUAAUAGAAAACUGCAGUAGAAGACUGAGAUUCUGUUCUGAAACAUGCAAACCAGUAUAUGUAAUAAAGAAAUUCACUUUCAAACACUA